CUAGGUAUUGGGUAUCCAUAACAGCCUUGUUAUUGUUGUUGUGGUGAUAAUCCUCUUUAGUGGUAAUGGAUGCGGUAAUAUUGGUAUAUAUUAUUACACUUGAAACAUAAUCUACUUUAUUUUUAGGCCACGGUUUGUUUGAAGUAUUAUAUUGUAGAUUAAUACUUCUCUCUCUCAGAUAGCUAGAGUAACUAAGUUAGCUAGCUAGCAAAAUGGCAAACCUCUGCCAAAAGACCAAGUGGGGCCAGGAAUCAGAGGGAUGCACGAUGAGAGAGGACACUCAGGAGGGCAUGAGCGGAUAAAAACUGAGAAAAGGAUAAUGAUUUCGCGAUACAGUAGGAGACCCGUAUCGCACAAUCUUGAGAUGUAAGCUUGUUUGCUAAUGACCAAGCUUAUAAUACUUUGCGAACAGUCAUUUCUGUCAUUCGAGAUACUGAUAUGGUAGCUAGCUAACCUAGAUUGACUAACGUUACAUUGUUGGUAAGAUAAUAGCUAACGUUAGCUAAUGCACAGGCCAUGAUCAUAUGACAAUGUAAAAGGAGAAUGUAUUGAUCAGAUCACAUUUUUGACAGCCCAUCUGUCACAUCAAGGUCAGUUGCCUCCCUUACACAAAGUGUUGGGAUAGGAUGAUGUUUAAUGCUUUAAAUGUAUUAUGUAAAGGCCCACCUCAUAUUUCACUCCUUGUUUGUUUGGGAUCAGUGUCUUUUUACAACAAUAAAUAUCAACCUACUAUGGUAUAAUAAUGUUAUAUCUAUGUAUCUAUCAAUGCUAUUGCUUAUUCAUGUUUAAUAAAGCUAUAUUUUCCCUUCUCUGCAGUCGUGGCUUAUCCCGAAGCAGCCUUGACCAUCACCCUCUCCCAGAGGAGGUAGACGAUGACUUCCUCCCCCAGCGCCUCCUCCAUGACCUUCAGGAAGCCGUCUCCACUUACAACAGGUAUGACCUGUUCUCAAAGAAUCGGACGGGGGAUACCAAGUACAAUUGUCGGGAGCAGCCAUUUUGCUUUCACAUAUCCUGUUUAGAUGCGUGAAGGCAAGGAGACAAAAAAGAGGAAGGUAGCCAGUCAGUUACAUAAUCUGGUCUAAAUUAUUCCCUCGCACACUCGACAACACACAACACUGUAAUGUACAGCAUGUAAACAAUGUCUGUCUUCUGCAGCUCAGAGACGACAUCUGCAGCCUCUCGCCGGUCAGACUGUCCAACGGCUACUACUGGAGACACGACGCGGUCCUGGUCUGGGAUCCACAGCUACACAGGGACGGGCAUCUCUACAGAGAGGAGCUCUGUCUUCUCCUGGGGCUAUGAUGUGAGUCUCACCUCACCUUCUCAGCUGGCUGUCUGAAUCUUACCAAUGAAGUGCCCUAUGUUCUGAGUAUUUUCAUGUGCUUACAGUGCCUUCAGAAAGUAUUCAUACCCCUUGACUUAUUCCACAUUUUGUUGUGUUACAGCCAGAAUUCAAAAUGGAUUAAAUAGAUGUUUUUUCUCAGCCAUCUACACACAAUACCCCAUUAUGGCAAAGUGAAAACAGGCAGCGAUUACAGCUGUGAGUCUUUCUGGGUAAGUCUCUAAGAGCUUUGCACACCUGGAUUGUACAAUAUUUGCACAUUAUUCAUGUCAAGUUGGUUGUUGAUCAUUGUUAGACAGCCAUUUUCAAGUCUUGCCAUAGAUUUUCAAGCCGAUUUAAGUCAAAACUGUAACUAGGCCACUCGGGGACAUUCAAUUUCAUCUUGGUAAGCAACUCCAGUGUAUAUUUGUCCUUGUGUUUUAGGUUUUUGCGCUGCUGAAAGGUGGCUUUGUCUCCCAGUGUCUGUUGGAAAACAGACUGAACCAGGUUUUUCUGUAGGAUUUUGCCUGUGCUUAGCUCUAUUAUGUUUAUUUUUAUCGUAAAAAACUCCCUUAUCCUUGCUGAUGACAAGCAUACCCAUAACAUGAUGCAGCCACCGCCAUGCUUGAAAAUAUGAAGAGUGGUACUCAGUGAUGUGUUGUGUAAUCAUAACGCUUUGUAUUCAGGACAUAAAGUUAAUUUCCUUGCCACAUUUUUUACAGUUUUACUUUAGUGCCUUAUUGCAUACAGGGUGCAUGUUUUGGAAUAUUUGUAUUCUGUACAGGCUUCCUUCUUUUAACUCUGUCAUUUAGGUUAGUAUUGUGGAGCAACCACAGUGUUGUUGAUCCAUCUUCAGUUUUCUCCUAUCACAGCCAUUAAACUGUAAAUCACCAUUGGCCUCAUGGCGAAAUCCCUGAGAGGAUUCCUUCCUCUCCAGCAACUGAGUUAGGAAGGACACCUGUAUCUUUGUAGUGACUGGGUGUAUUGAUACACCAUCCAAAGUGUAAUGAAUAACUUCAUCAUGCUCAAAGGGAUGUUCAAUGUCUGCUUUUUAAAAUGUUUUACCGAUCUACCAAAAGGUGCCCUUCUUUGCGAGGCAUUGGAAGACCUCCCUGGUCUUUGUGGUUGAAUAUGUUUUUGAAAUUCACUGCUCAACUGAAGGACCUUACAUAUAAUUAUAUGUGUGGGGUAAAGAGAUGAGGUAGUCAUUCAAAAAUCAUGUUAAACACUAUUAUUGCACAAAUUUUUACUCCUGAACUUAUUUAGGCUUGCCAUAACAAAGGGGUUGAAUACUUAUUGACUCGACAUUUCAGCUUUUAAUCUUUAUUUAAUUUGUAAACAUUUCGAAAAACGUUAUGGGGUAUUGUGUGUAGGCCAGUAACAAAACAAAAUGUGGAAAAAGUCAAGGGGUGUGAAUACUUUCUGAAGGCACUUGCUCCCCUGCAUGUAACCUAGUAAAGAAUAAAUAAAAAUAAUCCACAUUUACAUUAUGGGGGAUUGUGUGUAGGCCAGUGACACAAUCUCAGUUUAAUCUGUUUUAAAUUCAGGCUGUAACACAACAAAAUGUGGAAAAAGUCAAGGGGUUUGAAUACUUUCUGAAGGCACUGUAGCUAGGCCUAGCCAUGCUGAAUGCUACAACAGUCUUUUAUACAGAUUUCCAUUAAAUUAGCCUUAUUGUAAUGACUUACAGUCUGCUCUGUCUGUAGAGGUCAGUUCCCUCAUGGUUUCACUUCAUGGUGAUUCUUAGCUUUCUAUAGCUUGCCCUCAGAAACUUUAUAAAAACUCUAUGAUUUAUUUACACACAGCCAUGUCCUCAGAAUGCCUCAUAGGACUCAUACCCCUAUAGUCCUAAUUUAUAUUGUACAGUAUACACACACUCGCCUGUGCAGGCACACACAGUCUCUCACAAACAUAUGCACAUUAUACUAUUUGCUCCAGCACGAUCACUCAUACACUGCCACACACACAGUUCCCUGGGAGCUCUAGGAGCCCAUCGCCAUGCACACUGUAGCCUGCUGUGUAAUAAACAACUCUCAGCGAUGUGCUGCUAAUAUUUGAUGAGUAGCUUGAAAAGCGACUGCCUUCUGUCUUAGUGUUUCUCUGCAGGGGCUCCUCUCACUCUCUCUCUCUCCAUCCCUCAGGAGUUUGACAAGGCGGCGUCGCGACAGGUGCAGCAGAUGUUUGAGGAGAUUGACGACAAGCUUUAUGAGGGGCGGGGUGGGGCACAUCUACGGGGGCUGCAAGAUGAGUGUCAUCAGUGGGCAUUCAGGUUCCCUCACCUACGGUGGGUCCUCACCCUACCCCCCCCCCCCCUUAGAUUUGUUUUCAAACCCGAGAAGAAACUACUUGCCAUAUAAUUAUAGGCUCAAAACUCUUGGGCCCCAUUCCCAAUAAGAUAAUGUAUCAUAGACCAUUGGCUCAGUGUGUGUGCGGGGGGGGGGGGGUUAAUUAAUUUUCCUAUCGGUUGGAUUCAUUUAGGUUGUAAUCACUGUUUGACCCCCUCCACCCUGCUAUGUGAACCCACAGGAUUCUGGGUAGUCAGCUGGUGUGUCCCAGUGACGAGGGCUUCCAGUGGUACGCCACCUCAGGGAAGGGGACCAGUACAGCCAGCAGCAGUUCAGCUGGACAAAAUGACAGCAUCAGUAGCAAGCCCCAGGACAAGGACAAGCCCAGCACGAGCAAAGAGUGAGCACUGACUACUGAUGCUGUUAACCAAUCAAUUAUGGAUGUUCGUUUGCUUUGUGGUUUUGUGACCUACAUACUGUGGCUUGUCAAACAGAAAGUCAACUAAGUAAGUCAGCGUGUGCAAGUUGCAAGGCGUCAGUGGCAAUUUUAGCAUGUCAAUCCUGGUGGGGCAAACCAACAUUAAAAAAAAUGUUUUAUGAAUGCCAGCAAACCCACUACACAACACAAUACAUUAAUUGCACUAUAACGGUGACAAACGGUGCCCACACACUGUUAGGGCCUACAUAAAGCUGUCCCAACAGCAGAGUCUCAACAGCAGUCCCAACACCUUACCACUGCUACACCUGGCUAUCUGCGGAGCCUUGUCUGGCAGCGAAACAGUUAAUUCAACUUAAUUUACUGCCUUUAAAAAAAGCAUAGCUGAUAUGGCUGACUUCCUUAAACAAAUGUGGUUUCUACUAACAAUUGAGAUGUACUAACUAUGGCAUAAGGGGACGACGAGCGGAUAAGAGGCAAUCCAUAAUUUCGAUUAAGACAUUAAUUAGCGAGCUAGGACAGACGUAGUCAAUAUAACUAUUUGUUCAGCACUUUUGAAAUGUACAGCGACAUAAUUCAGAACAUGGGCCGUUCUUACAGUAUUCUCCCUGUACACCAAGACAGAACCGUAGGAUAAAUAAAGGGGGCAGACAAUGAAAGCUCUUACAAUAUUUGAUGAUUACAUUUCUCUAAAACAGGCUAUAGGCUACAUGUGCACCACCAAGUCAGAACAGUAGGUGAAAUUAGGAGGGGAAAUGUGACCAAAUUAUUUGGGUGAGGCACAUGGGCUACUAACAGCUUACUACACAAAAUACACUUACAAUUACUUUCUUAGCUAAAGUAUACAUAUCUCCUUGGCAUAUUACAUCAUUUAUGCAGCAGCAUACAAUACAUUUUUGGACUGUUGUGCUCACUUGAACAGGAAGAUGGCGCGGCAGUCCUGCUUGGGCAAAUUUUGUCAUCAAACUUUGUCCUCAAAGUCUGUCAUUCUCUGGAUUUAUGGUGCUUUCAAGUCAACUGGGAACUCUGAAGAAAACAAAGUCGAAUCAUGAUGACGUCAGUGAUCUUCAGGUCGGAGCUCUAGAAAGAGGCCGAGUUCCCGACUUGCAAUUCCGAGUUGGAUGACCGUUCAAAACAUAUAUUUUUUUGCUAAUUCUUUUCAGAGUUCCCAGUUGUCUUGAACUCAUUGAAAUCAGAUUUCCAUGUUCUGAGUUUCCAGUUGUUUUGAGCGAGGCAAAAGUCAUGCUGGAUUGACACCAUGGCCAAUGUUGAAUGUUUAUCCUUUUAAGCUUGGAAAAGAGACCCUUAAACCCAGACUUGGGACCACACAGCCACUCCACUGAAUAGCAGGCAAGUGAUUGCUUUGCAGUGCUUGCAGUUAGCCACUGAUUCCUUCCAAACCACUCAUUGUUGAAUUUGUAAUUUCCAACUUGUUGUGUAAUGUUUAUGUCCAAUGGCUGAUGAGCACCGAUAUGUUUUAUCUAUAAUUUCUCUUCAUUAUUUCUCUUCAUAUGACAAGGAUUUAAAAAGAUUUGCCAGUAGAUUGUCGACUUGAUUCAUGAUGAUGACUGCUAGCUAAGAUUUUAAAAGUAUGAUGUUGACAUGAUCAGUCCAAUGAAUGAUGAGUCCAAUGUUGACAUGAUCAGCUGCUGUAGAUAUAACGUGAUUUUACGUCAUUCUAUCGGUGAGCAAUGACCUUGAGCCUUCUUGGAUGGGCACUUCUAAUGUACAGUUGAAGUCGGAAGUUUACAUACACCUUAGCCAAAUACAUUUAAACUCAGUUUUUCACAAUUCAUGACAUUUAAUCCUAGGAAAAAUUCCCUGUUUUAGGUCAGUUAGGAUCACCACUUUAUUUUAAGAAUGUGAAAUGUCAGAAUAAUAGUAGAGAUAAUUAUUUAUUUCAUCACAUUCCCAGUGGGCAUUGCCUUUAAAUUGUUUAACUUGGGUCAAACAUUUUGGGUAGCCUUCCACAAGCUUCCCACAAUAAAUUGGGUGAAUUUUGGCCCAUUCUUCCUGACAGAGCUGGUGUAACUGAGUCAGGUUUGUAGGCCUCCUUGCUUGCACACGCUUUUUCAGUUCUGCCCACACAUUUUCUAUAGGAUUGAGGUCAGGGCUUUGUAAUGGCCACUCCAAUACCUUGACUUUGUUGUCCUUAAGCCAUUUUGCCACAACUUUGGAAGUAUGCUUGGGGUCAUUGUCCAUUUGGAAGACCCAUUUGCGACCAAGCUUUAACUUCCUGACUGAUGUCUUGAGAUGUUGCUUCAAUAUUUCCACAUAAUUUUCCUUCCUCAUGAUGCCAUGUAUUUUGUGAAGUGCACCAGUCCCUCCUGCAGCAAAGCACCCCCACAGCAUGAUGCUGCCACCCCCGUGCUUCAUGGUUGGGAUGGUGUUCUUCGGCUUGCAAGCAACCCCCUUUUUCCUCCAAACAUAACGAUGGUCAUUAUGGCCAAACAGUUCUAUUUUUGUUUCAUCAGACCAGAGGACAUUUCUCAAAAAAGUACGAUUUUUGUCCCCAUGUGCAUUUGCAAACCGUAGUCUGGCUUUUUUAUGGCGGUUUUGGAGCAGUGGCUUCCUCCUUGCUGAGUGGCCUUUCAGGUUAUGUUGAUAUAGGACUAGUUUUACUGUGGAUAUAGAUACUUUUGUACCUGUUUCCUCCAGCAUCUUCACAAGGUCUUUUGCUGUUGUUCUGGGAUUGAUUUGCACUUUUCGCACUAAAGUACGUUCAUCUGUAGGAGACAGAACCCGUCUCCUUCCUGAGCGGUAUGACGGCUGCGUGGUCCCAUGGUGUUUAUACUUGCGUACUAUUGUUUGUACAGAUGAACGUGGUACCUUCAGGUGUUUGGAAAUUGCUCCCAAGGAUGAACCAGACUUGUGGAGGUCUACAAUCUAGGUCUUGGCUGAUUUCUUUUGAUUUUCUCAUGAUGUCAAGCAAAGAGGCACAGUUUGAAGGUAGGCCUUGAAAUACAUCCACAGGUACACCUCCAAUUGACUCAAAUGAUGUCAAUUAGCCUAUCAGAACCUUCUAAAGCCAUAGCAUCCUUUUCUGGAAUUUUCCAAGCUGUUUAAAGACACAGUCAACUUAGUGUAUGUAAACUUCUGACCCACUGGAAUUGUGAUACAGUGAAUUAUAAGUGAAAUAAUCUGUCUGUAAACAAUUGUUGGAAAAAUUACUUAUUUCAUGCACAAAGUAGAUGUCCUAACCGAUUUGCCAAAACUAUAAUUUGUUAACAAGAAAUUUGUGGAGUGGUUGAAAAACGAGUUUUAAUGACUCCAACCUAAGUGUAUGUAAACUUCCGACUUCAACUGUAACUCUAUGGCAGCACCUAAUGGGCGUGAAUUUUCGAGCUCUACCCUUAGAUUUGGCGGUGACGUAGUGUCCCCAUGAGUGACAGAACACUGAGCAAAUCAUGGCGCAACUGGCUAGGCUACUUUGGCUAGCCAAAAAGUUAGGACUGAUGCUUUUUAGAAACCGAUGUCAGGGUGAACCUUGUUGUUUGUGUGUCCAGUCUGUGUGUGCAGGGUAGGAAGGCUAUGCUGUCCAGGCCCAGUGCGGAUGUUGACCACCCCCCUGGUACUCCCAGUGGAUGCAGAGGUCAUGACAGGCCCAGGGUAAUCGAGGCUGAAGGCCUGAUGGAGGAGUACCUGGCCUUUGACUGCAGGGAUCUGUGGGUCACCUGUUUAGGACCCUACAGUAUAUCUAUAGGGGCAUUUCAAAUACUUUACAGUAUGGUGCACUUGAUUGAGCUUGUAGCCUACUUUUGGGAUUACCCCAAGGGUACCAAGUAAUCUAAAAACCAAGCUCAGUAUUUGAAAGUAAUUUACAUAACUUUGCCCAGGUCUGUUGUGUUGAUGGUUUAAUCUGUGGUUUUACCUUUACAGGGAUGACGAGUGGGAGCGGGGGUGGGUGGGGGCUGCUCGGCGGGGGAACUGCCUGCCUCCUGUGUCUCCCUACCGCUGUCGCAAACAGGCGGUCCUUGACCUGCUGUUUGACGAUGUGUGGCGAGAGCUGUUUGGCUGGAUGGAGGAGCUGGUCCGCAGGCACUGGGAGGGCUGUGUCUCAGGUAGAAACACAGGGCAAUGUCUUAUAGGCAACGCUGGGUCAUACAUUAGUGUUCUGUUACUCAACAAAGAGACUUGCCAUUUACUUUUAAACCAACAAAUCCAUCAUUGCCAUUUUAUGCCAUCCCCACAGCAUAAUUUGUUGCUUGAGCCUGUGUUGACAGUAUUCUGCACCCUCUUUUUGACAGAUGAUGAGAAAAAUGCAGUGAACUUCAGCCCAUCCCAGUCAGAUGCUCAGAACCCUUUCCUGCUCCUGUCCACACUGCCCACCCUGCUCCCCAGGCUGGGCCAGAGCAUGGUGCCCCAGCUAACAGGAAGCCUGCAAACCCAGGUCAGUUCCCUGAGAGGGUGGAGAAGAACCACCAAUGGGUCUACCUCCCCGCAGAGUGUAACAUCCUACUGUUAGGAUGUAGGAUUUAGAUCAAUAGGAUAUGUUACUAAGCACUGUGAAUGGACUCUAUAAUAACCUUCAGAUUAGUUUGAGCGUUUAGGCUUAAUUCUCAAAACUGGAAACACAGUCACACACUGAUGCUGAAUUGUUUUCCCCUGCUGUCAGUAGUUCUUCUCACAAGCUGUUUCAAGGCUAUCAGUUCAUUAACUUGAAUCCUUUUUUCUUCCCUUCCUUAUUUUUGUCCCCUACUCUGUCUUGUUCCUUGGUCUGUUCCACACCCUUCUAACCACCAAUCUGUCCUUCCUUACUCCCUCCUUUUCUCUUUCUCAAUGUUCUCUCUCUCUCUCUCUCUCUUUUUGGUCAUCCGUUUUUCCCCCAAAGACCACAAAAUCAAGGGGCUCAAAGUACAAGCCCAGACGGAAAUCCAAAAUGCAGAAAAAGCCAUCCACUGUAUGCAACUCUCACCUAGAGGCAAAAUGUUGCCGAUCUACGCCAUCCACAGCGGCAUGUUAUUAUUCAUUCUUAGACUGAAUGUGCUUGUGCCUGUUGAAUAACUCAAACCAUACCUUACUUCUUAACCAACUGUUGAGUUUUCUUUAUACCCGUCUCUGUCUUUUUUAAUUCAUUAAUGACCAUUUUGGAAUGCUUUUACUUACUUCUUGCUUUAAUUGAUUUUUUUGUUUAAUUGUCUGUUUGGUCUCAAGUGGGUGGUUGUAGGUCCUCUCCACUUGGUUGCAUGUAGAAAAGCAGAGUUGUAGCUGACUAAGGUGACGUGCAAGUGUCCGUAGUGAUAAUGAGGUGGCUGUAGUUUUUUUAGUGAAUGACCACUUUAGGUGAAUGACUUUCUCUGUGUCUCCUUCUGCCUCCCUCCCUCCUACAGUCCAGUCGGCUCCCAGUAGAGGCAGCGGUGACACAUCACAACCUCAACGAACUCAUAGUCAUCCAUGGCAUCCCCCUGCAGCAGAGGAACCUGGGAGUGAUGGAGAGAGCCCAGUAUGGAGACCAUAAGUACUGAUCAUACUCAUGCUGAUACUAUAAGAAUCUUUAUUAGUAUUAUUAUUUAGUACAAUAAUCUUUAUUAGUAGAGUGUAGCAUUAGGAGCUAACUGUAGGGGUCAACCACUCAUCGCCUCUUAUCAUCUUAUUAAAUAAGAGGGGAAGAGACUGUUACUAGCUAUGGAUAUGUAGGUGUAUAUGCAUAUCUUACUUUGAGUAUAGGUUAAUUGCUUCCUUUUCCUUCUUAGGUACCCUGAGGAGAGGUUGGUGAUCAAUCGACCAGGGUCCACAGUGAUUCCGUCUAGCAAGCCCCGUCCUCGCCGGGUGCUAGAGCAGAGCUCCUCCUCCCUGUCCCGCCCUGCCCAGUCGGCGCGACGCCGUAACCUGCCUCCACGCACCCUCUUGCCCUUGGUUCCCAGCCUGACGCAGUCCAGUGCCACCGGGACCAUGGAUGAGGUCAUCCGUGGGACACGCCUGUGAGUUAACGUAAAGGGGGUUACGCAAUCUCCAUCUCUCCCUGUACUCCUCCGUGUACACCCCUCCCUCUUCUCUCUUCUUCUUCUAUCGCUCUGAAGCUGGAGAACCGUCUGUGCAGAGAGAUUACUUUGAAAGCGGUUUUCCUUUUAACUCGUGCCUUGUGGCGUUCUGUUCAGCAGAAUGGAGGGGAAGGGAUGUGAGGAAUUGUGUGUGUGACUGACUAAGUACCCUAACAGAUGAACUUGUCAUGAACCUUGAGUGGAAGAAUAUCUGUGUGGAGCAUAUAAUUUACCCUCGUGUGGAGUGUGAUUUCAGUCUGCUCCAUGUUAAAGGGACUUGUGUAACUUUAUAGAAAGCGUGGAAGGUGAACAGAGUUGUUACUCUCUCCAGACCCACAGCCAGUGACCGCCUGGCCUCUCCUCCGAUGCCUCUGAGCAGGAACACACUCCUUCCUCCCAUCGGCACAGGAGAAGCUGAGCCCAUGCACUCUGGACAGCACUUCAGACCUACUCAGGUAUUGGAUGAGUAAAACUCUGCAUACUAGUUGUACAUCUUGCACUGACUUGACAAAACACUUAAUACUAUCAUCACAAUUUUGUUUUGUGUGUAGCGGCAUAGAGACUCGUCCAGUCGUGCCCACAGUGCUGUUACAGACGAAGCUGGUAGUUUGCUUCCUCGGGAUCGGCUUCAUCAAUUGGACGUAUUCUCCCGUCCCAACACCACCCACACCUACAGGGUAUGGCUAUAGUCACACACGGUAGAAAUUAUUACCACUACAGCAUGAUUUAGGCAUAUUUUGUAGGUUUAUAUUGUAAAGGAUGAAUGUGGAAUAUGUUUGCCUGCGUCCCAGUCAGUGAGAUUUAACUCUGGGUUCUGUUGCAGUCGGACACCCCUUACCGCCGCUCCUUCACGGUGCUGGACAACAUUGGACAGGGACGUCCUGGCAGGGCAUCUGUGGGUACAGGUGGGCACCUCGUUUUACAUUGCAUACUGUACACAUUUUCUACACAUUUCUUUUGUGACCGACUGAUUGAGUCUUGGUCUGGUAUCCUGGCAGACUCUCUGGGCAUCGGAGUGACGGGCAUCAGUCUGGGCAUCAGCAGCUCCUCCUUCCUGGACUCCUUCACCCACCACCCCCUGGGCCACUCCCCCAUCGAAGAUGAGGAGGAGCCUGACACACAAGCCCCUCCCCCAGGUCAGUAGGCGCCUCCAGUGGUCCUCCUCAUUUAUAAAAGGCUGUGGCUGCGGAUCUGACUUUUCACUGACCUAAAGGUCCCGAAGCUUCUGCGCAUGUAUUUAUUCUCUAGUUUAUGCAGUCUCUGCUCUACUCGUAGAGAACAGUCUACUCUGGCGAACAGUCCUCGUUUAAUAAAGUUAGAUCAAAGCUGAAUCAAUGUCUGCAAGAUCACAUAAUGAUAGUAUUCUACAUAACAGAACCGAAUAUAAUAUCAUAGUAUAACAUUACUUUAAGACAAAAACACCACUGCAUUUUUCUUUCAUGUGGCUAAAACUCAACAGCGUUCGCCACUAGGCAAAAUACACAGUUAGGCUAUGCUACAGUUUGCACCAUCUGCUCUAAAAUUUGCUCACGGAACAUCAUUCAAAACACCACUGUAGGCUACUUCGAAACAACACUGUAUAACUCAAGAAGAUCUAAAUGCAUAUCCCCAUGAAACUGAAUUGAGAUCAAAUGGUUGGUAAAAUUUGAAAUUAUCAUUCACGAUUGACAGUGAGAAAUGUGAAGGGAAGGAGACCUCAAAAAUGUGUGCAUAAAGUAGAGGUAAAGAAGCACAUACGCAGAACGGACGGUGAUCUGCACAUGCCCAGAAGCUUCGGGACCUUUAGUCCGUGAAAAAAAGAUCCGCAGCCACUCCGUUAAUAAAACAUGUCGCUGGGUUGCAUUCGGUAAUUAAGUAUGUUUAUGAGAGAGUUCGGUCGUAGCCUCCGGUUAUGAGGAAAGUCGUUAUCUUCAAACAGAGGCACAUUUUAAUAUUAACUAUCAAUGCUCAUUAACACUUGUCUUCUUUGUCCUGCUCACCUCUCUUCUCAGCUCUACUGGUGCCUGUUUCAGUCCCAGCAAGCUCUCACAGCCGGGGUGGCUUCAUGUCCCGCAGUAGCAGACCUGGGUUGUAGCUCCUUCGACCUCGCCCUCCUCCACCUUCUCAAACCACACUCUCCUCAGCACAGCAGGGUGCAAGGCCCUGCUUCCAAUCCCAACGGUGCCCUCAAACGACACUUUAUACAGCAGCAGAUCUUUUGUACAAUGUACUGUUUGGUGAUUUGUUGA